GGGUGAUAUGAUAUAAACAGUUUACUUUCCACUUUAAUUAGAAUACAAUAAUUAAAUUGUUAAAGGAGAUGAGUUUAUUUCUUUAAAAUCUUAUGUUCAUAGAUAUUUCAUCAUUUGUUUAUCAAGAUUCUUCAUUGGAAAUCUAGUAAUUCAACAAAAAAUAUGUUCAAAUACGUUUGUUUGUUCGUUUCAUAUUCAUUAUUGUGGAGUAUUCAAUGUCGACAUGAAGAUUUCAGUUCUUUUACUAAUACUAAUACUACUACUGAUAUUAAUACUAAUACUACUACAUCAACAAGUGUUUCUGAUAACAGAUCGAUUCAAAUUAAAGGAAUUCUUCCAGGUGUUGGUUUGCUUAUUGGGAUUUUAGUUAUUCUUAUAUUACUUAUAAAGUGUUGUCGGCCUGAUAAAUUAACUAAUAGUAUGAGUCGAAAUAAAAUAUCAUUUUCACAUUAUGAUGAAACUAAAAUUUGGUCGACAAAUUUAGAAAAUGAAACUACUCGAGAGUACGGUGAUUUACAAAAUGAAAAUGAUGAUUAUGAUUGUAAUGAGAAUACCAUUACAAAUAGUUCUACGUAUAUAAUGCAGUCAACUGACGAUGAUACGUCAUCAUUGGACUUGGAAACACAAGAGAUGAAUGAAAACAAGUGGUGUACUAUGUCAAACAAUGUUACAUCAUUGACAAUGGAGAAAAAGCAAACUUAGAACCAGUGUUUAUAUAUAAAUCAUUUCAAAUCUAAUACAUUUUUAAUAACUGACAAACAUAAAUCAACCGUAACGAAAUAAGACAGAGAUAGAAAUGAAAAAUGAUUAGAUCAAACGGCUUAACUGGUUAUAUAUUUCAUUUGUUUAUACAUUCAUCGACCCUGAUAUAUUUAUAUAUACGAAUUUCAAUAAUUUCUCAAGUUUAACCGGAUUAUUCAAAAUAUAACGUCUGGUAAGAAAAAUUGAUAGCUGUAAGAUGUUUCUUCAGAGAAGUCAUUAACACUAUAAUCACUACCUAGUAAAUGAGAAUAUUAUGUUUUUUUGAAAACGUUUUAAAAAUGAACUCAAAUGGCAUUGAUUAUUACACAUAUAU